AUGGAGGGGAGAACCUUUUCAUUCUUGCGGAGCUUAUUUAUAUCUGUUGCUAGAGCAGCUUUUAUCAGUUUUAAUCUUUUCUUUGCAGAAGGAAGAAAUUGAAAAAGUUAAAUCUUAGUUUAAUUACAGUUUCAUUGUUGUAUUUUAAAUAAUUAUGGCCGAUGUACAAGUGACAAAAUGGAUGUCGAUGUCCUCGCCAACGCCAGUCGUGUUAAUAGUGAUCAGUUACCUAUACGUAAUCUGUUCAGUUGGUCCACGCUUUAUGAAGAACAGAAACGCGUACUCGUUGAAAAAAGUUAUGCAACUCUAUAAUAUUUUUCAAGUUGCGUAUAACAUUUGGUUACUGUUUAACGUUAUAAAUUAUACUAAACCGCUUAAUGGUGUACUCAACUAUUGUAGUUCCUUCGAAACCCUUUACAGUGAUGUCGAAAAGCCAUUUGAAAUAUUGUGGUGGACGAUUUUGCUAAAGUUAAUAGAUUUUUUUGACACCGUAGUGUUUGUACUUAGGAAAAACUAUCGGCAGGUUUCAGUUUUACAUUUAUACCAUCACAUUAGCACGUUUCUCUUCAUGUGGGUGGCUCUAAAAUAUUUCCCACAUUCUUCUCAAUUUCUUAUCAUUUCGAUCAAUACUACGGUGCACGUGUUAAUGUACUCCUAUUACUUUCUGACCACCUUUGGACCGAAUGUGCAACGAAUACUUCAACCAUACAAGAAAUUGCUCACUUUCAUACAAAUGGUACAGAUUAUGUUUAUAACGUUGAACGGUAUUCAAGGUUUACUAUGUAACGACAGAAAAGUGUUACAUUGGAGUGUUGUAACAAUCAUUAAUGGAUUAAUAAACUUGUCGUUUUUCUUUAACUUUUUUAACAAGUCUUAUAGGAAGUCAAAAACGGUAUGAUUUUUAAUAAUGUUUUGUGUAAUAAAAGUCUGUAUUUCAUAUAACAG